UCUCCCACGAAGUCCAACUUAUCACCUCGAAGGGAACUUGUAAGCCCACUGGGCCCAAGCCGCCUCCACAGCACCAAUUCACCGAUGCAGAGGCUCUCGCAGGUCGCGCUCCGCCGCCUGCUGCCGCCGCCGUCCGCCGCGGCAGCCGCUCGCGGGGCAGCGCCGGUGGCCGCGGAGGCAUGUUCCGGCAGAGGAAUCCCUAUCCUACGCCGCGCCGGUGGCGCCGAGGUCGCGGCGGGCGGUUGGAGUGGCGGAUCUGGGACCCGCUUGUGCCGCAGGCUCUGCACCUACAACGAGAGAGAUGACAGGGCACUUGAGGAGGAAGUUGAGAAGAAAUUUGGAUGGAUAUUAAAGAUAUUCUUCAUAGGGACUGCUGGCCUUGUUGGUUGGCAAUUCUUUCCCUACAUGGGGGAUAACCUACUACAGCAAUCCAUUACGCUUUUACAUGUCAAAGAUCCCUUGUUCAAGCGGAUGGGGGCCUCCCGAUUAGCUCGUUUUGCCGUUGAUGAUGAAAGGAGAAUGAAGGUGGUAGAGAUGGGGGGAGCUCAAGAAAUUCUGAAUGUGUUAGAAGGCGCUAAAGAUGAUAAAACACGCAAAGAAGCUCUGAAAGCUCUUGUGGCACUUGCAAAGUUGGAUAAAGCUGCGGGGUUUUUGGACAAGGCAGGUGCCUACGCCAUCGUCUCCUCCACUCCUAAUUCCCCUGAAUAUGCCGAGAUCGAGGCCUGCAAGACUAGCCUUCUCAAGACGUUUGAUCAACUGAAGUCGUGAUGGUAAAUGCCCGUGUGGAUAUAUCUACAUGUUUUCUCCAAACUGGACUAGGCAGUUCUUUUUGGCGAUGGGAUUGAAAUCACUAGUGUUCUCGUUAUGUGCCAGCAUCUGACCUGAUUAUCAAACGCUCUUUAAUAAGAAUAUACGAUAUGCCGGGCAUGAACUUUUUCGUUGCUUCAUUUGCGAAGAGCCCACCGAUCUUAAACUGGACUUAUUUGGCUUU